GAUCACCAACACCACAAUUUCGAGAUUACGGCGCGUAUUGCCAGGAGCAGUCCGACAGAUACCAAUCCGUCGCCGCCAUGGCAUUUCCCUGAAAAGUUUGACUCGAUACUGAGUUGCUAAAGCUCACCUCAUCAGCGCCCUGGACCAACAUGCCCAAAGUCCACCUGCUCGACUACGUGGCGGGCAAUAUCCGUUCGCUGGUCAAUGCGAUUGAGAAAUGCGGAUACGAAGUCGAAUGGAUCAAGAGUCCUGAAGAUGUCAAGACUGCAGAUAAAAUAAUACUCCCUGGCGUCGGUCAUUUCGGCCACUGUCUCAAAUCCCUUUCCGAUGCCGGCUACCUUCCAGCCAUCCACGACCACAUCUCCGCCGGCAAGCCCUUCUUCGGCAUCUGUGUCGGGCUGCAAGCCCUGUUCUCGGGCUCCGAGGAAGCGCCCUCUGUUCCUGGUCUCGACCUGAUAUCCACAUCACUGCGACGCUUCAGCCCCAGUAACGCGGACGGCUCACGAAAGUCCGUGCCGUGUAUAGGUUGGAACGAUGCCUCCACGCUCCAUCACGAAUCCUCCAGUGCCAAAGACGAGGGCGGUCUGGGCAAGAGUUUCUACGGCCUCAACCCGUCAAGUAAAUACUACUAUGUCCAUUCAUACUUCGCGCCCUACGCGCCCGGACACCUCGAAUCCCAAGGCUGGACGGUCGCCACCGCCCGCUACGGCGACGAAAGGUACGUCGGCGCCAUCGGGCGCGAGAACAUCUUCGCAACGCAAUUCCACCCCGAAAAGUCCGGCGCGGCUGGUCUGAGAGUCAUCAAAGCUUUCCUCGACGGGGGCAUGUGGUCCGACGCGCUGCUGACCUCUCUUCCGGGCACCAAUCUGCCUCCCUCCUUCGUCGCCAACGGCGCAAGUUCGAGUGGUGGAAGUAUGAACGGCUUGACACGGCGAAUCAUCGCAUGUCUCGACGUCCGCACCAACGACGCCGGCGACCUGGUCGUGACAAAGGGCGACCAGUACGAUGUGCGCGAGAAAUCAGAGGGCGGAAAUGUCAGAAACCUGGGUAAACCCGUCGACAUGGCUCGCAAGUAUUACACCCAGGGCGCGGAUGAGGUCACAUUCUUGAACAUCACGUCCUUUCGCGACUGCCCGAUCACGGAUUUGCCCAUGCUCGAGAUCCUCCGGCGGACGAGCGAGACGGUGUUCGUGCCGCUGACCAUCGGUGGCGGGAUCAGGGAUAUGGUUGACCCCGCGACGGGGAAGGAGGUUAGUGCGCUGGACGUGGCGAAGUUGUAUUUCGCGAGUGGGGCGGAUAAAGUCAGUAUCGGCAGCGACGCUGUACUGGCGGCCGAGGAGUAUUGGGCGAACGGCGGCAGGGGGAAUGGGAAGAGUGGGAUCGAGACCAUCAGUGCGGCGUACGGAGCUCAGGCCGUGGUGGUGAGUGUCGAUCCGAAGCGUGUGUAUGUCAGCGACCCGAGCGAGCUGGAAGGCAAGAAGAAGCACCGGGUCAUCAAGACCGGGGAUAAAGACGAGCAAGGACGCGAGUAUGUCUGGUUCGCGUGCACGAUCAAGGGCGGGCGCGAAGUGCGAGAUCUCGAUGUCGUCCAGCUUGUCACGGCCUGCGAGGCCAUGGGCGCCGGCGAGAUUUUGUUGAACGCCAUCGAUCGCGACGGGUCAAAUCGGGGCUAUGAUCUGGAAUUGAUAGCGCUGGUCAAGAGCGUCGUCAAUAUCCCCGUGAUUGCGAGCAGUGGCGCCGGAAGGCCGGCUCAUUUCGAUGAGGUGUUUAGGCAGACGGAUGUUGAUGCUGCGCUGGGGGCGGGCAUGUUCCAUCGAGGAGAAUAUACCGUCGCCCAGGUCAAGGAACAUCUCGGGCAGGCAGGGUUGCUGGUUAGGCCGUUUGAGGAGUUUGAGCCUUGAUGAGGACGAUCCAAAAAGAGGAAUCAUUGCUAUGGGAUCUCUGGGUAUGAAGAGUAUCAUGCGAUAGACCAAGGCCGACAGAAUAUAUUGUGAGUCCAACAGCACGGCCGAUGAAGUUUGCUAGUGUAUGUGAGCCGCCGAGAGCUCCUCGAUUGGGCUCCGUACAGGACGAUGAAACUAGACGACCCAUUCCAAGACAGUGAAUGCUUGCAUUUAGGGGUA